GGUUUCCUAGUUUAUGAUGUUAGGGUGGCUUCCCCUGCAGAAGGUCAGCUACCAAAGCUGACGUCAUGAGACAUGCUACUGGGUGGUGAUAUUCCUGUUGAAGAUAAGUUUUAUGCGCUGGUAUGGAGAUCUAACAUUUCACCCUAUUGUAAUUACAUAGUUACGUUUGAGAAAAGGAAACCACAACACACGAUUGGCAAGAGGAAUACCAUCUAACAUUGAGAAAAUAUAAGCAGAAAUCUUAAUUUAACAGGAAAAAAUCUGCCAAGGAAUUAAGAUGUGGACAGUACUGUUUAAAAGGCUGGGUAUGCAUUGACAGAUUCUAACUACAACUGAAAUUAUUCCAACAGUUCAGGUCGAAGUAGCAUGUGCCGCUACUGUGUGUUCAUAGAUGUUUCCUUUUUUAAAAGAAAGUGCUGUUGUAUCUGCUCUUAUUAGUUUGGAUAUGUAAAAUACAGUUAAUUAUUAUUGCCACCCUAACUAUUAUGUGUGUGACGGAAACAUUUUCAAAAGAAACUACUUUGAGAGUAUGAUGUCCUGUGUACAACCAAUUUAUUGUACAACAAUGUCUGUUACUGCUGAAUUAGUUUCAGUUGCUUUCAUCAAUUCCAUCAUAGUCACAGCUGCUGAUUUCUUUUCUAUAUUUGAAUUAUCUAUUGAUAUGUUUUUUAUGGACAAUCGUUUAGAUUAAUUUCUUCCUGGUCUGAUAUCUGUUGUGGCUUGAUAUCCUUUUUGAUCUUGAAGAGGCCAUCCUGCAAAAUCCAGCAUUCAUUUUGGAAGACUCUUCUACUUCUCUCCUUCCAAAUAUUCCAACAUGUGUAAGUUACCAGGCCUUUGAAUUUCCUCUAAGAAAUGCUUCAUGCCACCAAGCUCACGAUAUUGUCAAAAAAGAUCGGACUGGGCUAUCUCCAUGAUGUUGCAAUUGACUCACCUUAAAACAGUGGCCCUACCAUGCAUGUUGGUUGCAAUCCAAGUUGCAGUUGUCCAAAUUAUCGGCUUUUCAAGAUCAUGUUUUGAUUUGCAAUCCAAGUAAGACUUCUGAGUCUACCUUGGAAUUCCACAAGGUAGACUGAUUUUGUGGAAUAUUGCCCAUUGGACAUCCACAACAUACUACAUAGGCCUCAUCGUCAGGCUGAAGAUAAAUGCUUUGUAUUUCAAUCCAAAUCUUGACAAUUGUUCACACACUUGCUGGGUUAUGUGAAUUCUCCUCACAGAAUGCAUCCAAAUAUUAUUUUCUAGUUCUUUUUGCAUGGCUCUAUUUUUUUCUGAUAGCUGGUAAGAACAAUAGGCAACAGGUAAAGAACUUUGUUCUGGGUGGAUAAAUGGAUACGGAAGCAAACUCCUGCUGAUGCCUGAUAGCUUUCCUAGGUUAUAUAAGAUAACUUCUAACAAAAAGAUCUAAAUGGCAGAGGUGAUGAAUUGUAACUUUUGGAAGAACAAGGCUUAGAAGAACUCUUGUAGGAGAAACCCAGAAAAUGUGGAUUGAUUUGAUAGAUCUUUGUUCUCAUCUAAACUUGUCAGAAAUUGUGGAUUGAUCAAAAUUUUCCUCUCGUUGUUCUGCUUAGUACUGGUUGGAAAGGUGACAAAGAUGUCAAAUUUAUGGGACAGAUGAAAUCAUUGACUGUCUUCUUUACCUGUUCUUUGGCAGAAUUUGUGUGGAGGGUGGUUUGUAAUAUCUCUUCCACCCCUACUCAUAGUGAUCAACUUUUUUAAUGCUUGGCUGAAUUCUUCUCCAAAUCAUGCCAGAUACCUUUUUUAUAUUGGAGAUUUGGAGUGACAACCAUGCUGUGGUCAAUGCACACAACCAGGAAUAAUGCUUGUUUCAGAACCAAGUUUUUUUUUUUUUUUUUGACCAGGGUUUCAGAACCAAGUUGAUUUGUAAACGCACUGAACGGUUUAUAUGAUGUGCUGCUGACUCACUCAUUAUUCUAUUUGCAGACAAGGAGAUAGUCAGAUAGACAAAGGAACAUAUACUCUGCUCCCAACUACUAGUCAACAUUGACUGAACUCAAGAAGAGCUUUAGCUUGGUAAGCAUGGAGUUUCUGGUUUCUGCUGUGGCAAGUGAUCUUAUCGGCCGGUUCAUCUCUUCUUUAGCGCAAAAUUACAACAACCAUACUUGUAAGGAGGAUGAUCGUAGAAGGCUGGAGCGCAUCUUGCUGAGGAUGCACUCUGUUGUUGAGGAAGCAGAAAGGCGCCAUAUCACAAAUCAAGGAAUGCUCCUGCAGCUAAAGGGACUUAUUGAGGGAUUCUACCUCGGAUACUACAUGCUCGACAAGAUCAAGUUCCAACCCUCCGAAGAAGAGAGCAUCGAAGAUGAGGUGAGUCAUGAGAUUCAGUCAUUUGCCUUGUCUGCCUGUAACUCUCGCAAGCGCUUUCGUUUUGCUGAUGCCAUAAGAAAACGCACACCAGUAGCCUUUGGUAGCAAGAGCAAAACAAACCUGAAAGAUGUUGUUGAUGGUUUAGAAACUAAGAUUGCAGAUAUGAGGGAAUUUGUCAUUCUCCUUGGUAGCCAGACUCGUCUACCACGUCAGCCUUACAGUACAUAUCUAUACAUAGAUAACUGUAUGUUUGGUCGCCGUAUUGAGAAGGAGCAAGUCAUCAAUUUCUUGCUUUGCAAUGAUCCUCAUGAUCCAUAUGUUAGCAUUCUUCCUAUUAUUGGCCCUCAAAGGAUUGGGAAAAAAACUCUUGUGCAACAUGCUUGCCUGGAUGAGAGGGUGCGCAACUGCUUCUCCCAUAUAUUUUUCUUUAAAGAAGACAAUCUGAAGACCGGAGAGCUCUCGCUUAACUCCAAGGCUUCUCAAGGGAAAUAUUUGUUUGUUAUUGAGUUCAUUUGGGAUGUGGAUGAGGCAGCUUGGACAAAAUUUCAAUCAUAUUUGCAGAAUAUGCCCGGUACUGGAAUUAAGGUUGUAGUGAUAGGUACAACAGAGGACAUUCUUAAGUUUGGGACAGCCCAACCCAUCAGGCUGAAGAGGCUGUCUGAAGAAGAGUACUGGUACUACUUCAAGGCGCUUGCCUUUGGAAGUAUGGACCCUGAUGAGCAUCCAAAGCUAGCAUCUCUGGGUAUGCAGUUGGCUACUGAGAUGAGGGGAGGAUUUCUUGGUGCGACCGUAGUAGGUGGACUAUUAAGAGCUAAUCCCAGCACCCAGUUCUGGCAGAGCAUGUUAUUAUGCAUAAGAGAGGUGGCACAAAAGCACUUGUCUUCCUUUGGUGUACACCCUGAAGAUCUUCUUGAAAGAAAUGCCCCUCUUGAUUUCACCAGGGUAGCCUUUGUGGGUGCUCAAGUUCAAGGCUGCCUGGUUUACGAUGUUAGGGUGGCUGGCCCUGGAAGUGAGCUACCAAAACUAACAUCACAAGAUUUGAAACUGGGUGCUGAUAUUCCUGCUGAAGACAAGUUUGAUGUGCUGGUAUGGAAAUCCCGCAUCCCACCGUACUCUAACUACAUAGUUACUUAUGAGAAACAAAAACGACGGUACAAGGUUGGCAGGAGGAACCAUCAAGCAUUGAGAGAAAUAUAAGCAUAACCCUUAAGCUGAUGGAAACUUUCUACGAAGGAAUUAAUUAUAUUGUCGAUGGUAUAGUUCGAAAGGCUGUCUAUGCCAUUGACAGAUUCGAACUACUAUUGAAAUUGUUCAAACAGUUCAGGUCUAAGUAGCACAUGUAUUGGUCAUAAACGUUUUUCUUUUCUAAAGAAAACUCUGUUUCUUCUCUUAUCAGUUUGGAUAUGCAAGAUGCAGUUAAUUCCUAUUGCUA